CAAUGCCGCUCCAAUUUAACACCCCCCUGAUGGCAUCGCCGGGUACUACCCUACCACAAGCGCAGCAGCAGCCGCUCCAGAGGAGCAGACAGGGGAAGAGAGAGAGAGAGAGGAGGAGGAGCAGGCAUGGAGAUGAGCAGAGGGUGGCAAGAGCUCGGCGUCGUGGACACCAUCUACGAGGACGACCACGAGGAUGAUGGUGAGGAGGAGGAGGAGGAGGAGCGCUUCGACUCGCCCACCAUGUCGUCGUCGGCCACGUCGCGCUCGUGCUCGCCGACGGAGUUGGAGGCAUCGGCGGCGGCGGCGCACUCGUCCCUGCCGCCGGCGCUCAGGCGCGCCGUGCAAGCGUGGUGGCGGGCGAACGGAUCGCGCAAGCCGGACGUGAUCGUUCGUGUCCAGGAGCAUCGCCUCCCCCUGCACAGGGACGUGAUCACGACGCAGAGCAGCUACCUGAGGCGGCAGCUGUCGGAGUCCAGCGACGUCGCGGUCGCGCUACCGGCGGGCCUCACGUUCGACGCGUUCGUCCACGCCAUCGCGUACUGCUACGGCGCCGACGUGACGCUGUCACCGGCGAGCGUCGCGGCAGCGUGGGCGGCAGCGGGCUGGCUGGAGCUGGGGUCCGAGGACGAGGGGCUUGCCCGCGAUGCCGAGGACUACUUCUUCCAGGAGGUGGCCACGGACCACGGCCGCGCCGCGGAGGUGCUGCGGUCGUGCACGGCGUUCCUGGGCGGCGAGGCGGCCGAGCCGGCCGCGGCGCUGCUCGUCCGGUGCCUGGAGGUGCUCGCUGCGUCCGGCUGCGGCGCCGGAGGUGCAGGCGGCGGGUGGCUCGAGGACGUGGCCGCGCUGCCCGUGGAGGAGUUCCUGGUGGCCGUGGAGGCCAUGCACGCGCGGUUCCCGCACGACCACGACAUCAUGUACAGCGUCGUGGAUCAAUACCUGCAGAACCACAAGGGGAAGCUGACAGAGGAGGAGAAGAGCCGGCUGUGCUACAAUGUGAACUGCACCAAGCUGUCGCAGAACCUCUUCUUGCACCUCGUCCAGAACCCGCGCCUCCCGCUCCGCUUCGUCGUGCAGGCCAUGCUCGUCGAGCAGCUCCACUCCCAUCACUCCAUGCUUCUCCACCACCACGACGCCACCGGGCCGCCUCCGCCGCCCACGAUCCUCAAGAGCUCCCUCUCCGGCGCCUUCGGCGGCGUUGCAGGGGUUGCGGACGCCGCCAGCUUGACGCUCGGCGACAUCCUCCAGCGCGACGCCGUGGUGCGCCAGUCCGCGCACAUCCGCGCGUCCAUGCAGGCCACCAGCCACCGCAUCGAGACCCUCGAGCGCGAGCUCGCCGGCCUCCGUACCCACUUGCGCCGCUCCGAGCAGCAGCAGCAAACCGCGGCCGCGAUCGACCGCGCCUCAGGCAAGUCCGCCAGCUUCCGGAUCCCACGCAGCCGGCUCUGGGACGGCGAGGACCUCGCGCCCGUCGCCCCCUCAGGGCGCAGCACUGUCAAGGACGACAACGCGAGGAGCUUCAAGUCACGGCUGGUGCACGGGUUCAAGAACCUGUUCGGCCGGAGGCCAGGGACCGCGGGCGCGCCGUCCGCGUGCGGCAAGGACGCCCGUACCCGCGGCGUGGGCGAGAAAGGCGCCGCUAACAAUGCGCCGGAGCUGGAGAUCGACGCCGACGAGGUGGUAUGCAUGGAGGAGAGGUGGCGGCCUCACCGGAAAAAUCACUACAUUGUGUGACCGCCGGAUACACAGCGACCAGCGUCGAUCAGUGCGUCGCGUGCACGGCAAACGGCAAUACAUACAUGCAUGCACGUUUGUUGGGCGGAGAGUGGAGACUGGUAUCGAAUCGUCACUAUUUUUCACACGGCCAUAUGAUAUCGUCGAUGCUUUGUUACUCUGCAUGUACGUACAUUGUCUUUUCUCCCUUUUGAUCGAUGCUUAGAUGCGAUCCGUUGGAGGCAGGGGCGAAAUAUUGGAGGGGUUUUCAUUUUCUUUCUCCUCCUCUUUGUCGUUUUCUUCCUCCUCCGCCUCUUUCUUCCAAUGGCG